GUGAUCUGUGUGUGUGUGUCUUUACUUCCUGGUUAUUAUGUAGCUUCGGUACAACCAGGAGUUUGUGGCUGCUGGAGGGCAGUUUAUGGGAACAGAGACUGCUCUGGGUUUCUCCUGCCCAUUUUGUGUUACUGAAGGCAGGUUCAUUCACAGGUUACAAAAUGCAUCUCACAUCCCUUUGUCUCCUGCUGACCUUGAUGGGCCUGUGCUGGUGUUUGGACAAUGGCUUAGUAAGAACCCCACCAAUGGGCUGGAUGACAUGGCAGAGGUACAGAUGUAACAUAGACUGCAAAAGUGAUCCAGACAAUUGCAUCAGUGAGAAUUUAAUAAAAAUCAUGGCUGAUGAGAUGGCGGACAGUGGCUGGCGAGAUCUUGGUUAUGUUUAUGUCUGCAUUGAUGACUGCUGGUCUCAGAAACAAAGGGAUUCUAAUGGAAGGCUUCAGCCUGAUCCUGAAAGGUUUCCAAGUGGCAUGAAAGCCCUAGCUGACUAUGUUCAUGCUAAAGGGUUGAAACUGGGAAUAUACAGUGACAUGGGUAACUACACGUGUGGUGGGUACCCUGGAACAACACUGGACACCAUCAAGACUGAUGCUGAAACUUUUGCAUCCUGGGAAGUUGACAUGUUGAAAUUUGAUGGAUGCUAUUCAAAUUCUACUGAAAAGGCUUUAGGAUAUCCUAAAAUGAGUGAAGCUUUAAAUGCUACUGGGAGGCCAAUCCUGUAUUCCUGUAGCUGGCCAGCCUAUGAGGGUGGACUUCCUCCAAAGGUAAACUACACUCAGCUGGGCAGCAUCUGUAACAUGUGGCGAAACUACGAUGACAUUGACGAUUCCUGGGACAGUGUGCUGGAUAUUAUCGAGUGGUAUGCUAAAAAUCAGGAUGUGUUACAACCCGCUGCAGGACCUGGAAGAUGGAAUGACCCAGACAUGCUGAUAACGGGAGACUUUGGCCUAAGCUAUGAGCAAUCCAAAUCCCAACUGGCUAUUUGGGCAAUUCUGGCAGCACCUCUUAUCAUGUCUAAUGACCUCAGAGCAAUAUCUCAAGAUGCCAAAGAUCUAUUGCAAAAUCGCUUGUUGAUUUACAUUAACCAAGACUCUUUGGGAAAGCAGGGAAGUCUCAUCUCACGAAUUGGCAAUCUGGAGGUGUGGAAGCGAGAGCUGAUUAAUGGACAGUAUGCAUUGGCCGUGCUAAAUAAAGGAACGGAUGGAUUACCCAGACCUUACUCUACCAACCUUGGCCUGCUCAACGUCACUCAAUGUACUGAUGGCUAUAAACUGUACAAUGUAUUUGAAAAAGAAUACUUAGGGAUGUUUACAUCUAGUACACCAAUCAUUAUAAGGGUAAACCCCACUGGUGUUAUUUUUCUGUUCUUACGUCCGGUAUCAUACAUUCCAUAAUAUCACUGCAGUUCAAACCUUGUUAGUAGAAGGAUGGUGCAACUAUCACAGGAUGGAUUUAAAUUGGAUUCACUGGUAUAAAAUGCCAUACUGGGCAAUAUUUUUGUGUGUACAGACCUACAAAUGCACAAGAUAUUUAUAUGCUGCUUUUAAACAAUCAGAACAUUGUGAAGGGGUAUACUCUACUAUUGCUAGAUCACUUAUGGGUGAUUUCUCGCUGAUUUACACUGCUCUCAGAAAAACUCAACAGAAUCAAUAAUUUUUGGAUCUGGCCAAAAGUAAAAUUUUUCACACAAAAAAAUGGCUGAAUACUGAACCGUAGUUUGCACAUUAUUUUUAUUUUGUACAAAAAAAUUA